CUCUGCGGUUCUCCUUUGCGCACGCGCAUUUUUGUCCGGCGGCCUGGCGGCGGCGGCGACAACAAAUAUCCCUGCUCUAGGUGUUCCCCUUGCCUGCAGUAAGGGCCGCAGCUUCGAGUCGCCGUCCUGGCGAGCCCAGGUGCCUUCUCCAAAAGGAGCAGCAGGAGGGAGACAUGGCCACAAGAUUGCUGCCAGCCCAGGCUCUGGAGUCUGUGACAUUCAGGGAUGUGGCUGUGUUCUUCAGCCGGGAUGAGUGGUUGCAUCUGGACUCUGCGCAGAGAACCUUGUACCAGGAGGUGAUGUUGGAGAACUACAGCACUCUGUUCUCGCUGGGGAUUCUGUUUUCCAAACCAAAAGUUAUCCUCCAGUUAGAGCAAGGGGAAGACCCCUGGAUGGUGGAAAAUGGAGUUUCUCAAAGCACAUGUCUAGGAUGGGACAGCUUGUUUGAAACCACAGUUUCUGAAGAAGAAAAUCAGGAAGUAAUGAAUCAACUCAUAGGUGAUGGUCCUUUUGACUUCAAGUUGGGAGAAAUUUACAUAAAUGAGGAAAAACUAGAGAAUCAGCAAGGCAAAAAGAACAGACCUUUGAGGGGAGUCUUAGUUACCAUCAAGAAAACUUGUAUGAAGGAGAAGAGCUUUACAGGUAUUGACCUUGGGAAAAAUCUUGAUCUAAAAUUAUCACUUAUUAGAAAACCCAGAAUUGUUUCCAGAGGAAGGAAAUCCUGUUCACAGCAGUAUUCAAUUCUAUUUAAACAGCUGGGAAUCAACACAGUGCGUAAGUGUUACAAGUGUAGUAUCUGCGGGAAAAUCUUCCUCCACAGUUCUUCUCUGAGUAAACAUCAGAGAAUCCAUACUGGAGAGAAGCUCUAUAAAUGUAAGGAAUGUAGGAAAGCUUUUAGCCAAAGCUCAUCUCUAACUCAGCACCUGAGAGUUCAUACUGGAGAGAAGCCUUAUAUAUGUAGUGAAUGUGGAAAAGCCUUCAGUUUCACUACAUCUCUCAUUGGACAUCAGAGAAUGCAUACUGGAGAGAGACCCUAUAAAUGUAAUGAAUGUGGAAAAACAUUUAAAGGUAGUUCAUCCCUUAAUAAUCACCAGCGAAUUCAUACUGGAGAAAAGCCCUAUAAGUGUAAUGAAUGUGGGAGAGCCUUUAGCCAGUGCUCAUCUCUCAUUCAGCAUCAUAGAAUUCAUACUGGAGAGAAACCGUAUGAAUGUAGUCAGUGUGGGAAAGCCUUUACUUCAAUAUCGCGGCUAAGUAGACACCAUAGAAUUCAUACUGGAGAGAAACCCUUUAAUUGUAAUGAGUGUGGAAAAGUAUUUAGUUACCACUCAGCUCUUAUUAUACAUCAGAGAAUUCACACUGGUGAGAAACCUUAUGCCUGUAAAGAAUGUGGGAAAGCCUUCAGCCAAAGCUCAGCUCUUAUACAACAUCAAAGAAUUCAUACUGGAGAAAAACCUUACAAAUGUAAUGAAUGUGGGAAAGCUUUCUCCUGGAUUUCACGGCUUAAUAUACACAACAGAAUCCAUACUGGAGAGAAACCAUAUAACUGUAAGGAAUGUGGAAAGGCCUUCAGUUCCCACUCAGCAGUUAAUACUCAUCGAAAAAUUCAUACUGGAGAGAAACCUUAUAAAUGUAAUGACUGUGAAAAAGCCUUCAACCAAAGCUCAGCUCUCAUUCAGCACCAGAGAAUUCAUACUGGAGAGAAACCGUAUAACUGUAAAGUAUGUGGGAAAGCCUUUAGACAGAGUUCAUCCCUUAUGACACAUACGAGAAUUCAUACAGGAGAAAAGCCUUAUAAAUGUAAAGAAUGUGGGAAAGCUUUCAGUCAGAGCUCAUCCCUUACAAAUCAUCAGAGGACUCAUACUGGAGAAAAACCGUCUGGGCUGGCAAGUGCGCAGGCCGGGCGGGGACGCGCGCUGGGGCACCAGGGAGACGCCCCGGGCGGGUGGGUCUGGAGGCUGUCUGCACGGCCCAAGCCACGGUGCUUCGAGGGCGUCGCUCCCUCCCUCCCUACCCCCUACCCCCCAGACUCGCGGGGAGGGAGCACCCCUUCCAGACCUACCUUGUCAAGCACGCUGCUCUCCCUUGACAGGAAAACUAAGAAGGAAAGAAUGGCUGUGGAUUUGCUGCCUGCUCAGGUGACAGAGUCAGUGACGUUUAGGGAUAUAGCUGUGCUCUUCAGCCGGAACGAGUGGUUGCACCUGGACUCUGCCCAGAGAACCUUGUACCGGGAGGUGAUGCUGGAGAACUACAGCACCUUGGUCUCGCUGGGGAUUCCAUUUUCAAUGCCAAAGUUGAUCUGCAAGUUGCAACAUGGAGAAGAUCCCUGUAUGGUGGAAAGAGAAAUCCCUCAAGAUACCUGCCUAGGUUUCAAGACAUGGCCUGAAAUAGAAGCAUUGCCUCCUGAACAGGACAUUUCUAUAGAAGAAACAUCUCAGGGAAUAAUAAAGAAAAAAUCCAUUAAGUUUGGUCACUUGGAUGUCACGUUUGGAGAAACUUUGGAAUUUGAGGGCAGGAGACAGCAAGAGCAACAGAAAAAACCUCUCAGGCAAAUGAUGGCCUCACACAAAAAAACCAUCAGUGAAGCUGGAAACCAGACAAGUCUUGAAUUAGGGAAAGGCUUAUUUAUAAAUACAGUUCUUGUUAGACAACAAAGUGCUCCUAUAGAAAGGAUACCCAAUAUAUAUUAUACUUCUGGGGGAGAUUUUAAACAGAAUUUUGAUCUAAUGAGGUGUUUCCAGAUUUACCCAGGAGAAAAAGCUCAUAUUUACAGUGAAUAUGGAAAAAGCUUCAACCAGAGUCUACAUCUUACUGAACACCAGAGAAUUCAUACUGGUGAGAAACCUUACAAAUGUAAUGAGUGUGGGAAAACCUUCAGCCACAGAUCAUCCCUUCUUGCCCAUCAGAGAAUUCAUACUGGAGAGAAACCUUACAAAUGUAAUGAAUGUGAGAAAGCAUUUAGCAGUAGUUCAACCCUUAUCAAACAUCUGAGAGUGCAUACUGGAGAGAAACCCUAUCAGUGCAAGGAAUGUGGUAAAGCCUUUAGCCAGUGUUCAACCCUCACUGUACAUCAGAGAAUUCAUACUGGAGAGAAACUCUAUAAAUGUGGAGAAUGUGAGAAGGCCUUCAAUUGUAGAGCAAAACUUCAUAGACAUCAAAGAAUCCAUACAGGUGAGAAACCCUAUAAAUGUAGUGAAUGUGGGAAAAGUUACAUCCAGUUUACAUCCCUGGCUGAACAUCAGAGGCUUCAUACUGGAGAACAACUGUGUAAAUGCUUGGAAUGUGGGAGAAACUUCACUCGCAUCUCAACCCUUAUUGAACAUCAGCGUAUUCAUACUGGACAAAAACCAUAUCACUGUAAUGAAUGUGGGAAAGCCUUCAACCAGUAUUCAUCCUUUAAUGAACAUCAGAAAAUUCAUACUGGGGAAAAACUUUACACAUGUGGAGAAUGUGGGAAAGCCCUUGGUUGCAAAUCUAACCUUUAUAGGCAUCAGAGAAUUCAUACUGGAGAGAAACCCUAUCAGUGUAAUCAGUGUGGAAAAGCUUUCAGCCAAUAUUCAUUCCUAACUGAACAUGAGAGAAUCCAUACUGGAGAGAAACUCUAUAAAUGUAUGGAAUGUGGGAAAGCCUACAGUUACAGAUCAAACCUUUGUAGACACAAAAAAGUUCACAAUAAAGAAAAACUCUAUAAAUGGAAGGAAUAUGGGAUCAGAGAAUUUCUUAGAGGAGAAAAGCCCUGUGAGGUUUAAUUCAUCUCUCAAAUAAUUUAAGAUUUUUCAUUGGAGAAUAAUCAGGAGAAUAAUAAAUAGGGCACAGACUUCUGAUAGAUCAAGUCUUUUUUUCUUCUUCUUCUAGAGAAAAUAGUUACCAUUAAGUAAUGGUAAAAUUAAUCAACGAAUAUUAAGAGCACUGACUUGUCAAAUUUUAUAAGAACCAGUAAAUUAUAAGGUUUCUAAAAACAUAAAAAUUUUAAAUUCAUAGAAAAAUGUAAAAGUCCUAAGUUUAAAAAACAUGAAAAUAAUGGAAUGUAAGUUUUAUUUCCUUCAUUAGAUUUUAUUCCUUUCUAACAGUAAUCUUCAAUAUGAAUUUUCUUUUAAAAAUAGUCAUUGAGUUAUUAAUAACGUGAAUAAGUAUGGAGCCUUAUUUUCUAAAAUGGCAGACAGAUGUAGGACAUGCUUUCUUUCAUAAAGAGAAGCUAAAAAUAGAAAGGACUUCUUUAAAUUUAGAUUUUCACAUGGAAAUAAUCAAGCUCACUUUUUAUGAACUGCCUCACCAGCAAUCUAUACUUAUACAUGUAUCCACAUAAAUGUGUAUGUAUGCAUGUGUAUAUAUACACACACAGAAUUUUGGAUUAUAUGUAUAUUUUUCCCAAAAGUCUUUGAUGAUUAAAAAAUGUGGUUUUAUUAAUUUAGAAUUUAGUUUUGAAAAUUAAAAUUUUGCCCAGUGGUGUCUCUUCCUUUUCCUUAUAUUAUUUUUUAUAUGAUAUGAUUGCUGAAUAGUCUUUAGAAGUUGGAGUAAACUGAAACAAAUGGAGAGACUGUCAUGCAAAUACUCUCUUAUAGGUUGCAGAAGGGAUAUAUUUCCAGAAUCUGAUUAUACACCUGGUAGCUCAUUAGAGCCAGGAGAGAUUUUAAUUUAGUUUAUUUAUAGCCUUUCAUUUUACUAAUGAAGAAAUUGAGCUUAUUGAGUAGCGUUAAGACUAGAAUCUAGGUCUUCAGUUUUUAUGUGGUAAUUUUAGGUUCAUUUCCAACCUCAAGUCCCAAGAGUCCAAGUCCCAAAGCUAUUUGUUUUGUAAACUGGUUAGGCACAAUUGCAUUAAUUUAAUCAGUUUUAUUUUUAUGUUUGAUAAGUUCCCCCUGACUUUAAUCUUAAUAAUUGACUUAAAAUCAUGUUUUUUCUUUUUAUUAUAUGUCCCUAAUUAUACCUGCUGUUUUAGUAACUGUACAUAAAUCCUGAAACCCAGCUGAGGUACGGAUGGUGAAAUUGCAUUUGGGGGUUUCACGUACAAGAUUGCCUUUUUGUUUAUUUUUGUUUACACAUCUUUUAGGACUUCUUUUGUGUAAAGUGAUACAUGAAUAUUUUAUUAUUAAACAUUCUAAUCAUCAGUUAAAACUGGUUAUCCAAACAUUUUCCGUGUUUUUUAGAAAGAUUUCAUUUUCCCCUGGGCCUACUUCCUCCAAUUUUAUAUUUUACUUUCACAAUUGGUAUCAUUCAAAAAAUUGUUCUAGUAAAAUUAUUUAGAACUCUCUAUCUGAGAAAGGUUUUAGAAUUAAACUCAAGCAUUCAGCAUUUGACUUGUCUUAGCUCAUUAGAAAGUGUUCUCUUGGGAAUUCCCUGGUGGUCCAGUGGUUAGGAGUCAGUGCUUUCACUGCCAGGGCCCUAGUUCCAUCCCUGGUCAGGGAACUAAGAUUCCGCAAGCUGCAUGACACGGCCAAAAAAAGUGUUUUCUUAUAUAUUUAAGUAUAUUUAUAAGGAAAAUGAAGAUUUUAAACCCCAGUUUUUAACAUCAUACAGAGCCAUUUGCAAGAUAUUCUAGAUAAAAACAUAUUUGAUUACCCAAUAGCAGUGACCAAACUUAGUACGAAGAUUUUGGUUUCUAAAUGCCAUUUCCCACUAAAAGGAACUAGGGCUCCUUGGAGAAAUGGCUGAUUCCAUAUUUGGAACAUGGAAAAUGUAAGGUAUGCCUGGAAUAUUUUUAAUGAAACAAAGCACGCAGAGACUAAUGGGAUAAUGUCAGAAGGACCUGGGGGACAAUUUAAAGGAGCUCCCACAGGUCAAAUUUAGGACAAUUUAAACAUCAAAAAGAAUAAUCACAGUAAUUGGUUAUAACAUGUUAAGUAAAAUAAAAUGAGCCUAUAAUGAAAAAAUAGAGAAAAAAAAAGAAAAGCUCUUUAUGUACUUAUUUGAAGAAUGUCAUCGUUCAUUGUACAUGGAGUGACAGAUUUAGAAAAACCACCAUCUUACAACCCUUACUGUAAUUAAAUCAGGCAUGUUCAAUGGAUGGGGAAACCCUAUUAGGUGAAAAAAAAUUAACAAACAUUAUUUACAUGAUGUCAAAAGAUCACAGAUACCAAUUGCAAAGGAAAGAUAUGCCUUUAUAAUGGAGAGAUCUGGCUGUCAAACUUAAUUUCUCUACUAGUGGGACAACCUGACAUGUGACUCGUGACAAGAUGCAGUAUGAAGUACACAUGAUCAUUGUGAUGUAUUCUUGCCAAAAAAAUUUUGAUGAAAAUCUAAUUAAAUCUCUUAUCUAGACUGAUCUUCCUGUCACAAGAAAUACAAGGAAUAGAGGAACAAGUUGAAUUACAUAGUAAGGAAUUAAACCCAGAAUGUGAGUUACUACACAUGACAGCUUGUCUGGACUUUUCAAAAAGCCAAUGUAAUAAAACAAAAAAUGGAGUCUUCUAGAUUAAGACACUCGAGAUAUAACCAACUGCAAGGUGUGACUCUUAUUUGGGAUCUGAUUCAGAAAAAUCAGAACAACUGUAAGGACAUUUGGGGGGACACUUGGGGAAACACGAGGAUAGAAUUGGUAUUAGAUAAUGUGGUAUGUUUAAUUUUCCUAGGUAUAAUGGGGGUAUUGAGGUAUAAAGGACAAUAUCCUUAUUCUUAGGAGAUGCAUGCAAAAGUUUUCAAGUUUGAAGAGUCAUGAUGUUUGCAGCAUAUUUCAAAUAAAUAUGUCAAAAUUAGUCAACUGUUGUUGACUCUUUGUGGAGGAUAUAGUUAUGUUCAUUGGUCAUUCUCUAAACUUUUCUGUAUGUUCAAAUUUUAAUUAAAAAUUGAGGCAAAAUGUGAUUGGAAAAGUGAUGAAUAUGAAACUUGCAGUCAAUAUUCUUCCUUUGUACUUAUAAAUUUCCUGUUUGAGAGUUUAUCCCAUAUGGAUAUAAUCAUUGGAAAUAACUUUGGUUGGUUCUGGUUCCACCUUAUGGAAUAAGCACACACCACCUUAUAUCUCCCACUAAAUCUGACUAAAAAUCCUAGAGAAUGCAUGGAGCCGCUGCCUGAGGAUCCUGAAAAGUAAUGGUAGCAGGCAGAUUUGGGAAGGAAACCAGAUUUUGAAAUAAGGCCAGUCUGGCACUCCCAGACAUUCUAGUGGUGAGGACACUGGUGGUUGAACAGACAUCUAAACCUCUGAGGGAGGAGAACCCUUAUCUCUGGUCAGAGGAACUGUGGGCCAAAAGGUUGGAAGAAUCCCCACUGCUUUUCUUCUCUAUCUUUUUGCUACUUGGACCUGGAGGUAGAUAUAUCCAUUAGGUGUGUACCAGAGAGGAGAACCUAAAGCCUUGGUAUUUUAACCAGAAGACCAGGAAUAGAAGUGGCCCCUGGGAGCUGGAAUGUGUCAGAGUGGUGACAGAAAAGAAAACUCAGGAAAGCCAUCUCAUAAAGUUGUGUAUAUAAUCCCAGACUCACCCCCUGAUCUGGACCCAGAGUCUCAUUGAAAACGCACAGGAUAUAAUGCAGAAUUGCACAAAGUAUAAAAAUCAGGAAAAUUGCAACAAUUCAUCAGGAAAAAGAAAACAGGCACUGCCCCAAGAUGACACAAAUGUUGAAAUUAUAAAGUAGGUGUUAUAAAAAUGUUUCCAAAAAUGUGAGCAUUCUUGAAUGGAAACUUCAAAAUUCUCAGCAGGAAAAUAAUAUAUUAAAAGGAACCAAAUGGAAAUUUUAGAACUGAAAAAUACAGUCACGAAAUUUACCAAAAAAAAAAAAAAAGAA